AUGUCCCUCAUCAAAGGCCGCUGCCACUGCAAGCAGACGGAAUGGACCGUCAGGCUGGAGGAUAAGAGCCAUGUGCUGUGCCACUGCGGCACCUGCAAAUACCUCUCCGGCACCGACUACACGCUCAACCAGAUCAUCCCGCGCGAGGACUUCCGCCUCGACAAGGGCGAGCUGAAAGCCUACACCUACUACGGCGACUCGGGCAACCCGGUGCACUGCUACUACUGCCCCAACUGCACCGCCCACGUCUACCACCACCAGGCCGUCAACCCGUCCAAGUACGUGAUCCGCACCGCGCUGCUCGAGGGCUCCAAGGACUGGAAGCCCUCGGCUGAGAUCUAUGCCAAGGAUAGGUACCACUGGCAGCCGGCGGUGGCGCCUAAGGGGGCGGUGUUUCAGACGGGGCCGCCUGCGAAGCUGUAA